UUGCAGAUACUGUUUUCAACCAGCGAUGGUCGGCUCCUAGACAAUCUUACUUUGAAAGGAUUCGAUCAACCUUGCGCUAUUUGCGUCCUUCGGCCGGGUGCUGCUAUUGGAAUACUCGACCGAUCGAACUUGUAUCUUUAUGAGCCGAAAAUAAAGCGUCUCAGUAUCUUAGCGAGUGGGCUCGCAGCUCGCCAUCGAGCACUGUCGUACACUUGCAACGGUGACUUCAUUACGGUGAAGAAAUUCGGCGCCCAGCUGUCUGCCACAAUCUUUGAUGCUACUGAAUAUAAUAGGAUUAUUGGAAGUUAUGUUUUUCCCAUGUCCGAAGGCUCGCCACUCGUCAACGAACGACAGCCAUGCUUUGCGGAUAGUACUGGAAGUCAGAUUUUCUUCACGGAUCUUCGUGAGUUCAUAGCGGUCAAUAAAAGUUUCUGUCAGGAAGCAUUCCAUUUCAAAACAAUCUAUAAUUGCAGGGACUAA